UGCCCGUUGGAGAGCUGUGGCACUGGAGUGUCAGUGACAGCGCUUUACUGGAAACACAAGCCUGUCAGCCGGCGAGGUGGGCGGUGUUGAUAGCUCAGACUAAGCGUGAGGGUUAAGUCAUUGUCUCCCCCUUAUUUCUGUGGAAAAAGAAAAAUGGUCCCCGAAAGUGAACCCGGAAAAUCAACAGCAACAGAGGACCACGUCUUCUACCCUCCUCCAGAGCUGCGGACAGACGCGCAUGUCCCAGACCUUGAAACUUAUAAAACCAUGUAUAAGAAAUCUGUGGAAAAACCUGAAGAAUUUUGGAGUGAGCUUGCUAAGGAAUUUUACUGGAAAAGCUCACCAACUGGGAAGUUCCUGGAUUACAACUUCGAUGUGACCAAGGGAAAAAUAUAUGUUAAGUUUAUGGAAGGAGCAAUAACUAACAUCUGCUACAACAUAAUUGACAGAAAUAUAACAGAGAAAAAUCUGGGAGACAAGAUUGCAUAUUUCUGGGAAGGUAAUGACCCCAAUGACUGUUUAAGGAUUUCAUACAAAGACCUGCUAAAGCAUGUCUGCAAGUGUGCAAAUGUGUUGAAGAAACUAGGCGUGAAGAAAGGGGAUCGGGUAGCAGUUUAUUUGCCUAUGAUUCCAGAACUUCUCUACACAAUGCUGGCAUGUGCAAGAAUUGGUGCUGUCCAUUCCAUAGUGUUUGCUGGCUUCUCUGCAGAGUCCCUGUGUGACAGAAUUUUGGAUUCUCAAUGUGCCUACCUGAUCACUGCAGAUGGAUUUUUCAGGGGAGAGAAAAUGGUAAACCUUAAGCAGAUUGCUGAUGAGGCUCUGGAAAAGUGUAGAGACAAGGAGAACUUUGCUGUGAAGGCUUGUAUUGUGGUGAAACAUCUUGGAACUAGGCUGAAAAAAAUGAACAACUGCAAUCAACUACAGAUUUCUUGGAAUAGUGACACAGACUUGUGGUGGCAUGAUCUAAUGGCAAACGCUGCAGAGGUGUGUGAGCCAGAAUGGCUUUCUGUCGAAGAUCCACUAUUUAUCCUUUACACAAGUGGUUCUACUGGGAAACCAAAGGGUGUUUUGCAUACAGUUGGAGGCUACUUGCUUUAUACAGCAGCGACAUUCAAAUAUGUUUUCAAUUAUCAGCCGGAUGAUAUUUACUGGUGCACAGCAGACAUCGGAUGGAUCACUGGCCAUUCUUAUAUCACAUACGGACCUCUUGCAAAUGGUGCUACAAGUGUAAUGUUUGAAGGCAUUCCAGUCUAUCCUCAGGUAGACCGCUUUUGGGAAAUAAUUGAGAAGUACAAAGUGACCACGUUUUACACAGCCCCCACAGCAAUUCGAAUGCUAAUGAAAUAUGGAGAAGAACCAGUGAAAAAACAUAACCUGAAAUCUUUGAAAAUCCUAGGAAGUGUAGGAGAACCAAUCAACCCAGAAGCCUGGAUGUGGUAUUACAGAUUCAUUGGCAAUUCAAGAUGCCCAAUUGUUGAUACAUUUUGGCAAACAGAAACAGGUGGCCAUGUGAUGACUCCACUGCCUGCUGCAUUCCCACUGAAGCCAGGAUCAGCUACAUUACCGUUUUUUGGCGUAGUUCCUGCUCUCCUGAAUGAACAUGGUGAAGAGCUUCUGGGAGAAGCAGAAGGCUAUUUGGUCUUCAGUCAGCCCUGGCCAUCCUUAAUGCGCACUAUAUAUGGCAACCAUGAACGAUUCGAGAGCACCUAUUUUAGAAAGUUCCCUGGGUUUUAUGUUACUGGUGAUGGAUGUCGAAGGGACAAAGAUGGCUAUUACUGGAUCACAGGAAGGAUUGAUGACAUGCUGAAUGUCUCAGGCCAUUUGCUCAGUACUGCUGAGGUCGAGUCGGCACUCACCGAACACCUAGCUGUGGCAGAGGCAGCAGUUGUGAGUCGACCCCAUCCUGUGAAAGGUGAAUGCUUGUAUUGUUUUGUCACACUGCGAGAUGGACACGACUUAACAGAUGCAUUGACUACAGAGCUGAGAGCGCAUGUUCGAGAAAAGAUUGGACCUAUUGCCUCCCCAGAUUUCAUUCAGAGUGCCCCUGGCUUACCGAAGACACGCUCAGGUAAAAUAAUGAGACGUGUGUUGAGGCAGAUAGCCCGUAAUGAAAGAGAUUUGGGAGAUAUUUCCACUCUGGCUGAUCCAAGCAUCGUCGAAGUCCUCUUCAGUCAAAGAUGCCAAGCAGCUGCCUGAGUGCAUGUAUUACCUGCUCCUUCUUUCCACAUAUAACUUUAAAGUUCUGUCCUACAAUGCUGCAUUCUUUGAAAUGGAUUUACUUAGGGUUUUAUUGAUUUUUUUUAAGUAUGAAGAUACUCUGUAUAUAUCCUGAUUUUAGACAUUGAGAGAAUUCUGCGCAUGGCAUGUCUACUACUUGUAAUAUGCUUUAAAGCAGUAAUUAGACCUGCAGUCAGCAGUAUUACAAUCACUGUUUUCAUGAUGUAAAUAAUGUAAUUUGUCACAUGGGUUUGGUUUCUCAGUUAUGCUGAUGACAUUGUUAUAAGGGUAUGUUUUGUUCAUUCCUUAAUCCCGUAUGCUUGAAAUCAAAUUAAGCCAUCCCUGCAUUAAAUUGUUAUAGCUGUGAGCAGUGUAUCAGUAACUAUGGCAUGUAAGCUCCUUAGCAGCUGGCAUAAGAAUUAAUUUUUUGUGAUCUGUUUGAACUGCUGUUAAAGUUGUCUCCUCUCAGAAAGAUAUGAGGCCUUCAGUACACAAUAAUGUCAAUAUUUGAGCAGGAAUGGCGUAAACCAGUGAAUUAGCACAGAUGUGCAUCAGUUGUAACGUAGAUGAGUUUAAACACUUUGCAGGAUAGUCUCACAGAAUAACACAUAUUGUCUAUUGGCUUGUUUUUACUAACUGUUAUUAUUGUAGCCUGAAUUCAGUUCUGUCUAUCAGUAAUUGGGGUCGCUCAACCAUGCUACAGACAGCUCAUCUACUGUUAUGACUUCCUUUACAUGACAUCAUAUCACAGCAGUCCCAGCCUUUUUCUUAUUUUGUACAUGGGGUCAGGGUAUCACAGUGACCAUCGGCUAGAACCAGUGCUCACACCACUGGGUGGCUAGCUCUGCUGUGAUAAAACUGCCUUUACCUGUUUUGCUUUUAUAGUCAUCCAUAUAAUUAUUUAUUUUUUAAUUUAUUUGUUAACUGUGAAUUGGUCCAUUGUGGGCCCUUUUCAGCCACUACCUGGACAACAAGGGCAAAGAUAAUUGCACUGUGUAUAUGGGCACUUUGGAAUACCCAGUUAGCUGACUUGUUUGGAAAAUAGGAGACAGAAUACCUGGAGAAUACGCUAACUCCAUACAGUGACUGGGGGUUAGGAUUGACCCUCAGAGCUGUAAAACAGAACUCAACCACUGAGACACAUUUCUGCAUUGCAUGAAGUAUGUGAAAUAGGUUUGACUGUGUUUGGCUAGUAUCACUUCAGAAGGGAAGUGGUACUGUUAUGUUGCGAUAUGCAGUGACAUCAUUACCUGAAUGACAGCCAUUACUUAGCACUUUAUACAUCCUGUUUGUAACCUUCUAAUGAGAGAGGUCAUUGUGACCUCAAGUCUGCAGAGUCUGUAUUGGAAAUAUUGUCAUUACAUUGUUGAGGCAGCAUUCCUUCAUUUAUUUUUACUUUUUACUGAAAUUCAGAUUUGCAUAUUACAUAGUUUCUUGAUUAAGAUGGUCCUAGUACAAGUGUUUCCUCAAGUAAUGGUAAUGUUUCUGGUACCUUGUUUCCUUAAUUUAAAUGACUGUGACAUCACAAGUGAGGAUCUUUGCACCAUGUGAGCAAGAGGAAACCAUGUGGUGUAAAGAAAGUCAAUAUUCAAUCAUACUGCUUUUUUUAUAAUAAAACCAAUGGAAAUGAAAACA